AUGUCGCUCAAUCUCGCUGAGGCCGCUGAUGAGCGCAGCCAAAGGGAGAUGGAAAAAUAUUUAGUGGAGCGUGUGGCUGGUCAGGGAACAUUUGGUACGGUGCAGCUUGCUCGUGAAAAGAACACUGGGGUGAAUGUAGCGAUUAAAAAGGUCAUUCAAGAUCCGCGAUUUAAAAACCGUGAAUUGCAGAUCAUGCAGGACUUGUCACGCCUUCGUCAUCCGAAUAUUGUACUGUUAAAGAAUUAUUUUUAUACGGUUCUAGGAGAUCACCGACACAAUGACGUGUAUCUCAAUGUUGUCAUGGAGUUUGUACCGGACACGCUGCACCGUGUAUGUCGAGCGUAUUAUCGCCGUCUUGCGAGUCCACCCAUGAUAUUGGUGAAGGUCUUUAUGUAUCAACUGUUGCGGGGUAUUGCGUGCCUCCAUCUGCCUGCUGUAAAUGUUUGUCACCGUGACAUCAAACCGCAUAACGUUCUUGUGGAUGAGUCUACAGGCGAUCUGAAACUGUGUGACUUUGGGAGUGCAAAGAAACUCUCACCAUCGGAGCCAAAUGUGGCGUACAUUUGUUCUCGUUACUACCGUGCCCCGGAACUUAUAUUUGGAAAUCAGUACUAUUCCACAGCAGUGGAUGUCUGGUCUGUUGGCUGUAUUUUUGCGGAGAUGUUGUUGGGUGAGCCGAUAUUUUGCGGUGAGAAUACUUCUGGGCAGCUUCGAGAGAUUGUAAGAGUCCUUGGGCGUCCCUCAAGGGAAGAAUUACACAAGUUAAGCACCAGCAAUGUGGAGUUAAAUGUACCCACGAAUAAAUCAACUCCUUGGGAAGACGUCUUUAAGCGCCCACUUCCCGCUGAGGUGUACGAUUUAUGUGCAAAAAUAUUUAAAUACCUUCCAGAGCAGCGCAUAACUCCUCUGGAGGCGAUUUGCCAUCCAUUUUUUGAUGAACUUCACGAUGCCACGGUGAAGUUGCCGAGCGGCAAUGCUUUACCGGCACAUUUGUUUACUUUUCUACCGGAGGAAAUCAAUGAGAUGACGGAGGCCCAACGCUCGCAAUUGGUUCAGAAGUGA